AGAUAAACCACAUGCUGAACUGAGCUGAAUACCUCCUUUUUUGUUUAAAGUAAACAUCAAACCGUGAGCCUUGUUACUAAUGUAAUGUUUGCUUUGUUUGAUAUUUAAGGUGUUUUUCUGGCUGUAAAGUCGUUUUUAGAAGAGCUAGCAGUGAGAGGGCUAACACUGCAUCUGGCAGCAGGACCAAACAAACUAAAAACUAAAAAGUAUCACACAGAAGAUGGUCCUUUUAAGUAUCUAACUGAACAUUUAAUUACGUUUUAUUUUACUGCUACGGAGUCAUGGUGGUGAAGAAGAAAACUGCUAAAGUAGAGGCUGUGGAACUGGACGAGGACAAACUGCGCAUGCUCAUAGCAUCCCUCUCCAUCGAUGGAGAAGAUGAAGCCCGGCAGGUCGCUCAGACCCUGCGGUCGUGUUUACAGCUGACGGAUCCCGUCCAGCAGAUCCAGCUUGUUAAGAAGGCAGGAUCCCAGUUGGAGGCACUGAGCGAGGAGCAGCUCGGCAGCGCUCUGGAAGCCUCUCUGGACGCGCUGGCGUUGGUUUACACCAGCCUGAGAGCCAAGAACCCGCUACGCCGAGCCAUCGCCAGCGCCUUAAAUUCAGUCCCUGCGUGGCUUCAGGAGCGAACCGUCGUCAGUUUGUCCUCCUGCUUGUCCGACUGCAUGUCCAGCUCGUCUCCAGAACGGUAUCCCCACGUAGUCGACACCGUCUCCACCUGUCUGGACGGCUUCCCUCUCGGUGAGAGAUGUAUCAGCAAACUGCUGCCUGAAGUGUUAAAGUUUUUUCAUACGGUUUUACGUGAAUAUCUGCACCAGAACAGCGGUCUGGCAGGCCGGCACGUGGCCCAGGCCCAGCUCAUGCACUCGUGCCUGGCUGCGGUGAAAACCUCCAUGCUGGUCCUGCAGAAGAGUCCGGACCCGCUUGGAGAAGCCGUGCACGAAGGCGAGCUGCAGGACACGCUGGGCAGCCUGCUGGGCUGCUACGUGCACAUCCUCACGGACGAGGAGUUUGUCCAGUCGGUCCAGAGCACCGCCGGCAUGGCUGUCGUGCUGCUGGUAAGAUCCGUCAUGGGUUCUGGAGAUCAGGUCGCUUCUCUGGUGUGCAGCCUGCUGCGUAACUCGGCCCAGGCCUCCUCCUCGGUUCCCGCGUGGAUCCAGCAGAGAUGUUCAGGUCUGUGCUCUGGCCGACGGCCCCCCGGCGUGUCCCUGUAUCUGUGUCACGGAGCUCUGGCCAUGCUGAGCUGGAAGAGAGCCCCGCCCGGGCCGGACUGGGAGGAGCUGCUGCUGCUGGUGCCCAGCACGCUGCUGGGCCUGGACGUCAGCAUUAAGGAGUCCAGCACGGCCAUGGUGGUGUCUCGGGUCCUGACCCUGUGGAGCAGCGCCGCCCUGGACUACCUGGGGGGCCAGGCGGCCCCCGGCCCCCCCGGCCUCCGGCAGAGCCUCGCCGGCGGCUCUGCGCUGCAGCGCCACCUGCUGGAGCACAUCUACUCCCACUGGGAGCACCCGCUGGACGGGGUCCGGCACCAGACCCGCUCCCUGUUCCGUAACCUGCUGCUGCUGCACCGGCAGGCCGCCCCGGCCCCCCCCGGGGCCCCCGAUGACCCGGCCCUGGACCCCUACGUCACGGGGCUCACACUGGACCUGCUGGCCCUGGAGUGGCACAGCCGGGGCAAGUACGGCGCCCUGGGGUGCCUGGUGGAGCUGUACGGGGCGGGGCGGCUGCUGGCCCUGCAGCCCGGGCUGCCCCCCGCCCUGCUGGGGCUGAUGGGGGAUCAAACCCUGGCCCCCUACGCCAGCGACCUGCUGGAGCGGCUGCUGGUAAGCCACAAGGCGGAGCUGCAGGGGGCCCCGGGGGGGGCCGGGGAGGACUGGACGGAGGCCUGGCACCGGACCUGGGUCCGGCCCCUGCUGCACGUGCUCUGCUGCACCACGCCGGACCAGACCACCUACAUCCUGGACUACUUCCUGCCCAAGCUGCUGCGCUGCAGCCCGUCCUGCCUGACGCACAUGAUGCAGGCGCUGCAGGCCCCGCCCCCUCACCGGCCAGGUCCUUCGGGCAGCAGGGGGGCCCUGGGGGCCAUGAUGACCUGCCUGCGGGCGGCCCGGGCCCAGGGAGUCAUCCCCCCCACGGAGGAGGGUCUGUGGGGGGGGCUGGUCCCGCUCCCCCUGCUGCAGCAAGCGCUGGUUCACAAGCACGACCAGGUGAGGAUGGACGCCCUGGGGCUGGUGUGCGAGACCCACCGCAGCACCGAGGUUGUGACUCCACAGGAAACGGACCUGAUCCGCCACUUCCUGCCGCCCAACCUGAACAGCCAGUCGCCGGGCGUCCGGCAGCAGACGGUCAGCCUGCUGAAGAAGAUGCUGUGCAGGGUGAAGGACAGCGGCCAGCUGCUGCAGAAGAGGCUGGUCCAGGAGAGAGACCCGGACCAGAGAGACCGGGACCAGGACACCCUACGACACUACAAGGAGUUCCUGCGCUGGCUCUGCGUGACACUGCUGGAGGUGCUGCUCCCCGGAGCCUCCUUCUCCAAGUGCCUGGUGUCCCUGCACCUCCUGGGGCUGCUGGGUCAGCUGUUCAGCUUCUCCUCCGUUCCUGAUGUCGUUGCCCUCGGUGACGUCGUCACCCCCGCACACGCUCAGAACGUCCUCUACUGCGUGGCCAGCGACUUCCUGGAGGUCAAGCAGCUGGCCACAGCGUUGCUACGGCAACUGCCCCCAUCAGCCGUCGGACUGGAGGAGCCGGAGAGGAUGCUCUGCGUCCUGCAGGCGGCGCUGGAGCUGAGCAGCAGCACCAAGCCCUUUGACAGCGUGACGGCGGCCCACCUGCUCCAGCUGCUGCUGCAACAGCCCCACCUGAGGGGGGCGCUGCUGCAGCUGGCCCAGGACCGGGGGCUGGAGCUGGGGGUCUCCCCCCCACCGGAGGAGGCCCCCGCCGCGCUGGUCCGGGAGCUCAACAGCCUGGCAGUGGUCCGGUUCCUGCUGCUCUGUCUGCAGUCAGAGGUGUCGAGGGCCGAGUCGUCGCUGCUGCAGGCGGCGGCUUCCUUCCCGCUGUACGGCAGAGCGCACUGCAUCACCGCCGUGCUGCAGCACCUGGACGCCGGGAGUCUGAGCCAGACGGAGCAGUGGAGGCUCCAGGUGUCGGAGCUCAUCUCCGUCUGCUACCGGAUGUCUGACGUGGUGGCGCCGGUGGUCCAGAGCUCGUCCCCCGAGGGCCUGAUCCCCAUGGACACCGACUCGGGGACGUCUGAAGGCCUGCAGAAGAUCCUGCAGGAGAUUCAGCCCCGGGACACCAACGACUUCUUCACCAGCGCCAGAGAACUGGCAACCCACCCGGGAGACGAGCCGGCUCCGCCCCAGGGCGCGGCCACGCCGCCCCCCAACACAGGCUCGGAGGGCUACCGGGUCACGGCUCAGAUGGUCCUGGUCUGCUGCUGGCGGAGCAUGAAGGAGGUGGCCAUGCUGCUGGGGCAGCUGUGCAAGAGCCUGCCGCUGCACUACACUGCCGAGGGGGGGGGCGUCCACCCCGGGCUGGUCACGGAGGAGCAGGUGGAGGGCGUGGGCCUGUACUUCCGCCAGCAGCUGCUUCAGUCCCGGCACCGCGGGGCCUUUGAGCUCGCCUACGUGGGCUUCGUGCGCCUCACCGACAUGCUGUGCAGGAGUGGGAGUCGGGCCCUGCAGGAGCUUCCUUCCCGCUGGCUGGCCGAGGUUCUGGAGGAGGUCAAAUCCAGCGACCCGUCGUCGAAGCUGUGCGCCACUCGCCGCAGCGCUGGGAUCCCCUUCUACAUCCAGGCCCUGCUGUCCUCCGAGCCCAAGUCCUCCAGCUGCAGCCUGCUGAAGACGACCAUGAGGGAGCUGCUGGCUCUGUCCACGCCGUCCUCAGACCGGACCACGGACGGAUCCACCGUCUCCCAGGUCCACGCCCUCAACAUCCUCCGGGCCUUGUACAAGGACACCCGCCUGGGCGAGAACAUCAUCCCCUUCGUGUCUGAUGGGAUGCAGGUCGCUGUGCUUGGCUUCACCUCCCCCGUCUGGGCCGUGAGGAACUCCUCCACCCUGCUCUUCAGCACCCUCAUCACCAGGAUCUUCGGAGUGAAGCGGGAGAAGGAUGAACACUCCAAGAAGAACCGGAUGACGGGUCGGGAGUUCUUCACUCGUUUUCCAGCGCUCUAUCCGUUCCUCCUGAGCCAGCUGGAGGAGGCUGCAGCUUCAGUGGAAAGCGAAAGCGGCGUCGCCAAGCUGCACCCAAGUCUGUUCCUGCUGCUGCUGGUUCUCCGCCGCCUCUACCCGUCUCCAAUGGACGGCUCGUCCUCGCCGCUGGGCCUGGCGCCCUUCCUGCCCUUCAUCAUGAGGUGCGGCCGCUCCGCCGUGUACCGGACCCGGGAGAUGGCGGCCCGGGCCCUGGUCCCCUUCGUCCUGGUCACCCAGGUGCCGUCCACUGUCCAGGCUCUGCUGCAGGAGCUGCCUCCAGAACCGGGCCCCGGGGUCCAGCACAACCACGUCCACGGCACGCUGCUGCAGGUGCUGUUUCUCCUGCGUUCCCUCCAGACGGACUCGCACCGGCCGCCGCCGGCAACAAGUGGCGCUGGCGAAGUCCUCGGUCAGCGCAUGUGGCUCGCUUCUCGACAGAACAGCUGUGCCGUGACCAGAGGAGCCUUCCUGGACGUGCUGCUGUGUCUGUGUGGCCCCAAGAGGAUCCUGCUGGAGGGUUCGGAGGUCAGCGCUCUCCAUCAGAAGACUCUCUCCGUCCUGAUGGCCUCAGAGCUGAUGGCCCCCGACUCCUCCGACUCCUCCGACUCCUCCGGUACCGUCUCUGGGCCCGGCACCGUCCAGUACCUGCUCAGCCUGGCCCGGGUGGGCCUGGGCGCCGGCGUGGAGUUCCCGGACCUGUGGGAGGUGGAGCCGGCCACGACCCGGCUGCUGCUGGGGCGGCUGCUGCGCUGCCCCCACUACGAGGUGAGGGAGGAGGCCGUGCAGGCCGUCCUGAGGAGGCUGAGGGAGGAGGAAGAGCAGGAGGAGGACGGGAGGAGGAGGAGGCCCGCCUGGCUGGACCGGACCACCGUGGAUCAGCUGACCAGCAUGGCUCUCCACGAGACGCACCCUCCCUGUCUGGCCAAGGUCCUGCGGGUGAUGUGUGAGCUCAGCGCCAGCGCCCAGCUCUGCUGGAGCGACGGCGAGACCACGUUGUCCCGGGAGGACGUCCUGCUGCACCUCCUUUCGGUGGCCCGGAGCUCCGCCCACAGCGUGGAGCUGCACUGUGCUGCCCUGACGCUGCUGUCUCAGCUGGUGGUGGAGCUGGUGACCUCUGACCCCCAGCAGGGCGCGGCUGCAGCAGACGCCCUGAGCCAGUGGGGGGCGCUGCUGAGCUCCUGCUGCGGCGAGGAGCAGCCGGUGGAGGUGAAGCUGACGGCCGCCGAGGUUCUGGUCAGCUGCACGUCGGCCCUGCUGACCCCCCCACACCUGCCGCUGGGUCUGGGCACCACCCUGGCCCUGUGGAGGAGUCUGCUGCUGCUGCUGCAGGACGAGGACCAGGAAGUCCGGGACGCCGCUGCCGACUUCACCACCCACGUACCCACACACCUGGUACCAGGUGCCUCGGCGGGGCCGGUGUGUCCUGCGGCGGCCCUGGACCUGGCCGUGGAGCUGCUCUGCCGACUGUUUGAGCUGUGGGGUCGGGUGGGAGCCGGCGUCCUCGCCCUCACGCAGUGGCUGCUGGGAGACGACGACGACGAGGAUGAGGCGGCAGACGAAGAUUUCGGCCUGCAGGACGAGGAGGACUUCCUGUUCGAGAAGCGGGACCUGAACCUCUGGGCCGAGCCGCUGCAGUGGCUCACGCUGCUCCACCGACACCUGGUCUCGCUGAUCCAGAAGAACCCGGGGCCCGCGGACCAGGACCAGGACCAGGACCAGGUCCAGGUCCGGCAGCUCCUGCUGCGGGCCCAGGCCAAGGCCCAGAGCUCCCAGCAGGCCCUGGACCGCCUCCCGGCCCUGCCUCAGUUCUGCUGCGGCGCCGAGCACGCUAGGCUAACGCUACGGCGCCGCCGGGCCCGGCUGGUUGUGGACCUGCUGGAGCGGCUACAGCCCGGCAGCUAGCGGGUCCGGGAGCCUUAAAGAGGUCCAAGUAAAUCAGUGAGGACUUUAAUCACCAGGUGCAGGGAAUUCUGGGAAAUGUAGGCUGUUUUUUAAACCUUUUACUUGCCAUCAAGUGCAUGUUUUACCAUUUGUUUCCUCUAAUUUUUACUUGAAAACAUGUUUUUUGUUGUUUUAUUGUUUUUACCAAAAUGAAGUAAAUAAAAG